AUGUCAGGCCAGGAAGCCUCCUGCUACACCGUCGUCUACGAAUCCGCGACUGAGACGCCUUCUGUGCAGGAACUGCGCGCUGGGCUCGAGAAGGGCACAGAUGAAGUCAAACAUGAGACAUUGCGCAAGAUCAUUGUCUCGACGAUCAAUGGCAAUCCUCAGCCGACGCUGCUGAUGGCGAUAAUCCAAUAUGUACUGCCGUCGAAGAACAAGGCGCUCAAGAAGCUGCUGCAUUUCUACUGGGAGGUCUGCCCUAAGUACGACGAGAAUGGGAAGCUCAAGCAGGAGAUGAUUCUCGUGGUUAAUGCCAUCCGUAACGACCUGCAACAUCCAAACGAAUACAUACGCGGCUCAACGCUCCGUUUCCUCCAAAAGAUCUCUAAAGACGCCGAACUCCUCGAACCCCUCGUCCCAAUCUGCCGUUCGUGUCUCGAACACCGCCAUUCCUACGUCCGGAAGAACGCUGUUUUCGCCAUAUACUCUAUAUACCGCGAGUUUGAGAACCUGAUCCCCGACGCGCCGGAGCUGGUGCAGACGUUCCUCGCGGCCGAGACGGACCCGACGUGUAAACGCAACGCGCUGGAGUUUUUGGCCCAUUGCUCGAUGCCGAAGGCCGUGGAGUGGAUAUUGAGCGUGUACGACCAGAUCUCGGCCCUCGAUGAGCUCCUGCAGUUGAGCAUAAUAGAGGUCAUUAGGUUGGACUGCAAGGACGAUUCAGCUCAUCGACCACGGUACAUCCGAUGCAUCUUUGAGCUGCUGAAUUCCUCGUCCCAUGCCGUCAAGUACGAGGCCGCCACAACGCUGACUGCCUUGACCCAAAAUCCUGCCGCUGUCAAAGCCGCUGCCUCGUGCCUUAUCAACCUCGUCGUCAAGGAAUCCGACAACAAUGUGAAGCUCAUCGUCCUCGAUCGCGUGGAAGCCCUUCGCUCAAAGCAUGGCCACGUCCUCGACAGUAUCAUUAUGGACGUUCUCCAAAUCCUCUCCACUGCUGACAUGGAAGUUCGUCGGAAGGCGAUUGGAUUGGUGCUCAGCAUGACGUCUAGCCGUAACGUCGAAGAGGUUGUCUUGUUCCUGAAGAAGCAGCUUCAGCGCACGCAGGAGCACGAUUUCGAGAAGGCGCCGGAGUAUCGCCAACUGUUGAUCCAAUCUAUUCACGUUACUGCUAUCAAGUUCUCAGAAGUUGCGGCCUCGGUCGUACACGCCCUGAUGGACUUCUUGGGCGAUUCCAACAACCCCUCCGCCCUCGAUGUCGUCUCCUUCGUCCGCGAAGUCGUCGAGAAAUUCCCGCAUCUCCGGCCCACGAUCACCGAGAAACUCAUCUCCACCCUCCCCGAUAUCAAGUCCGGGAAAGUCUACCGCGGCAUCCUCUGGAUCCUCGGCGAGUAUGUCGAGAACACGGCUGACAUCGAGCGCGCGAUGAAGGAGAUACGGAAGGUGCUUGGGGAGAUACCCAUACUCGCGUCGGAGCAGCGGCUUUUGGACGAGGCUGUUGGAGCGGAGGGAGGGGACGAGGAGAAAGACGAGAAGGAUAAGGAGAAGAAGGUGGAUUCGCGCCCGAGGGUGCUCGCUGAUGGGACGUACGCAACUGAGAGCGCAUAUACGACCAGCGCGUCGGCUGCGAAGUUGGAGGCUGUGAAAGCUGCUGCGAAGCCGCCGUUGAGAGCUCUUAUACUUGGUGGGGACUUCUUCACUGGCUCUGUACUUUCUGCCGCCCUGUCUAAAUUGGUCCUGCGGUAUGACGAGAAGACGAGCGAUAAAAUCGCGCUUAACUCUCUUCGCGCCGAGGCCAUGCUCAUCAUGGCGUCCAUCAUCCGCGUCGGCCAGUCCAAGUUUGUCACGGUGCAGAUUGACGAGGACUCGCAAGAGCGGAUCCUCAACUGCAUCCAGACGCUGAGCGAGCUCGAGGAGAAACCGGCCGUGCAUGAUAUCUUCCUGCACGACACGAAGGCGGCGUAUUCGAAGAUGUUGGUCGCGCAGGAGAAGCGCGCUGCGGAUAAGAAAGCUGCGGAGAGCGAUAAGAAGACGAUCGUGCAGGUUGAUGAUCUACUGUCGUUCCGCCAGUUCUCGCAAAAGGCGAAUGAGGAUGUUAUUGAUGAUGCUGAGGAUCUUACUCGCGCAACGGGAUCCGGGGAGGUUCAGGAAGACUUCAUCUCUAACCUCAGCAAGAUUGCGCAACUUACCGGCUUCUCCGAUCCUAUCUACGCCGAAGCCUACGUCAAGAUGCACGGCUUCGACAUUCUGCUCGACGUCCUCCUCGUUAACCAGACCGCUAACACGCUCCAAAACCUCUGCCUCGACUUCGCCACGCUCGGCGACCUCAAGAUCGUAGAGCGCCCUUCGGUCUUCACCAUCGCCCCGCACGGUUUCCAGAGCAUCAAGGCGACGAUUAAGGUCUCGUCGACGGAGACUGGGGUCAUUUUCGGAAGCAUAUUGUGGGAAGGCCCGAAUAUGUCGGAGGCCUGCGUGAUUUUAAAUGAUAUUCACGUCGAUAUCAUGGAUUAUAUCAAGCCAGCGUAUUGUACGGAAGCUCAGUUCCGAAGCAUGUGGACUGAGUUCGAGUGGGAGAACAGAGUGAAUGUGAAUAGCACGUUAUCAAAUCCCCGCGAUUAUCUCAAAUACGUGAUGAGCGUCACGAAUAUGUCGUGCCUUACCCCCGAAGGCGCGCUGUCGGGAGAUUGCGACUUCUUGUCAGCGAAUAUGUAUGCUCGAAGUCUGUUCGGCGAGGACGCACUAGCGAAUCUGAGCAUCGAGCGAACGGAGAGCGGGGUUAUUACUGGCCACGUACGGAUACGGAGUAAGACGCAGGGAAUCGCCCUGUCGCUGGGCGAUCGAAUUACUACGUCCCAAAAAGAGAGCAAGCCAUUAACAAUAUAG